AUGUUUACGAUUCACGGGAUAUGGCCACAAGAUAUCAAUGAUCAACCAAUUGAUCCAUACAGCAAAUUUCCUCAAUGUACCCGUACCACCCCGCCUCUUGCUCAAAUGAUCAUGCCAUCUCUCACCCCGAUUUUACAAGACAUGCACUAUCUAUGGCCAAACUUGAAGAAUCCCACGGAUACCCAAGCAAAAGAGAUAUUUUGGGAACACGAAUGGGAUGCUCAAGGAAAAUGCUCCGCUUACCCCAUGGAUCCACUCAGAUAUUUUGAGUCGGGCUUAAGGCUUACACAAAACUUGCCAAAUCCUGAUUUCAGCCUACAAAGUACACGUUUCUAUACUGUACAAGAUAUUCUCAAUAAGGUUCGUCAGGAUGUACAUUUUGGAGCUGAGAUUUCUUGCAACAGAAACAGGACAGGAACAGUACAAUUAUUUGAAAUUCACUUGUGCUACGAGAAGCCAACCCCUCCGGAGCUCAUCCAUAAGAUGCGAGAUUGUCCUCAUCCUACACGAGGACGCUGUCCGAAUCUCUUCGAUAAUGUUUAUGUUCCUUAG